AUGACUUCGGCUGAUAAUACCGGGGCCACCUGUGCCCUUUGCGGGGACCCUGCGACACUCAGGUGCUCGAACUGCAGACAGCAAUUUUACUGCAAGAAGGACCACCAGAAGGAAGACUGGAUGCGGCACAGGAUCUUCUGCAGGGUCUGGGAGAUAAGGGAAACUCCGGAGCUGGGACGCCACCUGAUCGCUACGAGGGAUCUCGCUCCUGGGGAGAUCGUCAUCACGGAAAAUCCCCUCACCUGGGGCCCGGCUCUUCACACAGGUGAAAGGGUCUGCGUGGGCUGUGGAAAAUCAAACGCCACCGCCAGGUGUGUCAGGUGUGCCUGGCCUGCUUGCUCCCAGAAAUGCGAAGGACUCCUAGACGACGACAGACACGGCGCCGAGUGCGCUCUUCUUGAAAAGGCCAGGAUCAUCCCCAGGUGCGACGUGCUCCUGGUCCUCCGCGUGCUGCUGCUCAGGCGCAGGAGCCCGAAGAAGUGGGCUCUUCUCUCCUCCCUGCAGAGCCACGAGGAGGCCCGAGGUCCUGGAACCGAGGCUCACCAAGAGAUGCAGGAGGUCGCUCGUGCCCUAGGUCCUCUGUUUACUCUGGACCCUUCUUCUCGGGAAAUUCUACCUAAAGUCUGCGGCCUCAUCGACGUCAAUGCGCUCGAGACGAACCCUCCUCAAGGAUGCGCUGCGCUUUACGAGGUCGCGUGUCUUCUGGAGCACCGUUGCAUCUCUAACACCAGACACGGGUUUUCGAUAGACUUUAAAGGGAGACCCUGUAUCUCCGUGACCGCGGUUACAUCGAUUAAAAAAGGCGAACACCUGAGCACCACGUAUACACACGCAUUAUGGGCAACCAGAGCAAGAAGGGACCAUUUGAUGGCCACGAAAUACUUUGCGUGUCGGUGCGAGCGGUGCGCGGAUCCGACCGAGCUGCAGACCCAUCUAGGGACCCUAGUAUGUCCCUGUGGGCCAGGACUCGUCCUGCCGAAGGAUCCCCUAGACUCGGAGACCGAAUGGUCAUGUACAUCUUGCCCUGGGGUGUUAACGUCCGCGGAAGUCGCGGACUUGACGUGCAGACUCGGCGACGAGGUCGAAACCGCCAUGAGCAACGCCAACGAGGACACCUUGUCGAGCCUCCUGUCCAGGCUGAAGGUGUUACUACAUCCUGGACAUCAACACUGCAUAGCCGUGAGCCACUCUUUGAUCCAGUUGCUGUCACCAAAUGACCCGCAGAAACCCGAUACGUGUAAGCGGAUCGUCGAAACCACCACGAGGAUCGAUCCUUACGGAUCUCGACUCGCCCUUUACACGGCCAUAGCUCUUCGGGAACUCGCUUCUUGUCCUGGAGAAGACAAAAAGGCUCUCUUGUCCCGGGCCGUGUCGCUCUUGACGCCCGAGCCUAAGGACAGCCCUGGGGGGAAACUCUUGAAAUUGAUUUCCGGGGAGAUCUCGAAAUGACGGCGUCCCUUAGGGUUAGAAAAUUCUCGGUGACAUAAAAUUGAAAAAGGUAACCGCGAGACAUAUUUCAAGUAACUUAACAAUAUCGAGAAUUUAUGAGAACGUUCAUUUUUUAUUUUAUUAUUUUUUUUUUUCACUUAUACUUUCGGUUUCUUCGUUUGAA